UAUAAAUAUAAGAAGACGAAGGUGCCUUGUUUGAAGUUUGAAAAUGAAACAUCGGUGAAUUCCAAACUUCUUCUUUUUCUUGGCUUACGCGUUGAACUUCCUCCGUCCGCCGUCCACGGUGGUCGCCGACUCCCUCCGACGGCCAAGCUCUGCCGAGGUUAAUCUAGGAACCUGUCGCUUACUCUCAGCUUGUUACUGCAACACUCUCUGAUUCUUUUUCUCCUUCUUCUUCCUCUUCUUGCUUUUAUCUGGCCUCACAAUGAUGACACCAGAAUCAUCAAAGGAGUUGGAAAAGCAUGCAAUCUCAAGUCAUCAUGUGAGGGGGACUAGUGAAUAUGUUAGACUUGCCAUAUCUGAUGAACCGAGGGCUGUCGAAAAUGAAAUACUGCAGCCUGUACCAGUAUCGAGAAUUAAAUCUUUCAGGUGGUGGGUGAAAGCCUUUUUCUGGUGCUUUGUCGUAGUUGUACUUACUCUUGUUAUAGUGAAAUGGGGAGUGCCAUUUACUUUCGAAAAGAUAAUUUACCCAAUCAUGGAGUGGGAAGCGACCACUUUUGGCCGUCCAGUUCUUGCCCUUGUACUUGUUGCUUCUCUGGCUUUAUUCCCAGUAUUUUUUAUCCCUUCUGGCCCUUCCAUGUGGUUGGCUGGGAUGAUUUUUGGUUAUGGCCUUGGCUUUGUUAUAAUAAUGGUUGGCACAACCAUUGGGAUGGUCCUCCCUUACUUAAUCGGACUAGUUUUCCGUGACCGCAUUCAUCAAUGGUUAAAGAAAUGGCCCAAGAAUGCCGCAAUGAUUAGACUUGCUGGGGAAGGGAGUUGGUUCCAUCAAUUUCAAGUAGUUGCUUUGUUCAGAGUUUCACCUUUUCCGUACACCAUUUUCAAUUACGCUGUAGUUGUGACCAAUAUGAGGUUUUGGCCGUACUUAUGUGGAUCAAUAGCAGGAAUGGUGCCAGAAGCUUUCAUUUACAUCUACAGUGGUCGAUUACUGAAGACCUUGGCAGACGCACAGUACGGGAAGCACCGAUUAACAACUGUAGAAAUUGUGUACAACAUAAUUUCUUUCAUAGUUGCUGUUCUUACCACCAUUGCUUUCACUGUUUAUGCAAAAAAGGCCCUUAAUGAACUCAAUAUUGCAGAGGCCAAUGAGGAAGCUGCCUCUGUAUCAGGGAGUACUACUCUUGAGAUUGAGAAGGGUUCCCAUUGAAAUAAAAUAUCCCACGAUAUUAGUGUAUAUUUAUGUAUCUAAAUUUGAUUUAGGACUACAUGCACCAUAGUGCUUUUUACCCUC